ACCCUUUCUUCAUUUCUCUGUAAGGGGUUUUCGUUAUUCUAGCUCACACCAAGUCACAGUUAGGGAUAAUACAUCACAAGGAACACUCUCUUACUCACUCUCUUGUGUGUGGAGAGUUCAAAGUAUGGCUCCCGUACUGAGCAGAACCAUGGCCACGGCCUCUCUUACCUCUUUUCUUCCUUCUUCCUCCUUUUCAAGGGCUUCCCCUCUCAGAAGCGCUUUUCUGCCGCCGCAGCUCGCUCGCCGGAGGAGUUUCUUCUCCGCCGCGGGGCUUAGAUGGGCGCAGAGGCGCGAGAGGAAGCUCGCUGUUCGAUGUGAGGCCGCCGUGGCCGAGAAGGAGGAGACCACCGGGGAGAAGUUUGAAUACCAGGCUGAGGUGAGUCGAUUGUUGGAUUUGAUUGUUCACAGUCUGUACAGCCACAAGGAAGUUUUCCUUCGUGAACUUGUGAGUAAUGCUAGUGACGCUUUGGACAAAUUGAGAUUCUUAAGUGUGACUGAGCCUUCUUUGCUCGGAGAUGCUGGAGAUCUUGAGAUACGUAUAAAGUCUGAUCCAGAAAAGGGAACUAUUACUAUAACAGAUACUGGUAUUGGAAUGACUAAAGAAGAGCUCAUUGAUUGUCUUGGAACUAUAGCUCAGAGUGGUACUUCAAAAUUUUUGAAGGCACUUAAGGAAAACAAGGAUCUAGGAGCAGAUAAUGGUUUGAUCGGACAAUUUGGUGUUGGAUUCUACUCUGCUUUUCUUGUUGCUGAGAAGGUUGUUGUUUCUACGAAGAGCCCAAGAUCAGAUAAGCAGUAUGUGUGGGAAGCAGAAGCUGACAGUAGCUCUUAUGUGAUAAAGGAAGAAACUGAUCCGGAAAACCUUUUGCGGCGUGGUACACAAAUUACACUGUAUCUAAGAGAGGAUGACAAAUAUGAAUUCUCUGAGCCAACCAGGAUUCAGGGUUUGGUGAAGAAUUACUCACAGUUUGUUUCCUUCCCCAUCUACACAUGGCAAGAAAAGUCGAAAACUGUGGAGGUGGAAGAGGAGGAAGAACCCAAAGAAGGGGAAGAACCAAAAGUAGAGGGUGAGAAAAAGAUGGUGAAAAAGACUAAAACCGAGAAGUAUUGGGAUUGGGAAUUAGCCAAUGAAACAAAGCCAAUAUGGAUGCGGAACCCAAAAGAAGUGGAAAAGGAGGAGUACAGUGAAUUUUACAAGAAGACUUUUAAUGAAUUCUUAGAGCCACUUGCACAUACUCACUUCACCACUGAGGGUGAGGUCGAGUUCAGAAGCAUUCUAUAUGUUCCAGGAAUGGGACCUCUUAACAACGAAGAAGUAGUGAAUCCUAAAACAAAGAACAUACGCUUGUAUGUCAAGCGUGUAUUCAUUUCAGAUGAUUUUGAUGGGGAGCUGUUUCCACGUUACCUGAGCUUUGUGAAGGGUGUGGUUGACUCAGAUGACCUUCCUCUCAAUGUUUCUCGAGAGAUCCUUCAAGAAAGCAGAAUUGUAAGAAUAAUGAGAAAGAGACUUGUCCGGAAGGCAUUUGAUAUGAUUCAAGAUCUUUCUGAAAGUGAAAAUAAAGAGGACUACAGGAAAUUCUGGGAGAACUUUGGUAGGUUUAUAAAAUUAGGUUGUAUUGAAGACACUGGAAAUCAUAAGCGCAUAACACCGUUAUUAAGGUUUUACACUUCCAAAAGUGAAGAGGAACUUAAAAGCUUGGAUGAUUAUGUUGAAAACAUGGGAGAAAACCAAAAGGCUAUCUUUUACCUAGCAACUGACAGCUUGAAGAGUGCAAAGACUGCUCCAUUUGUGGAGAGAUUGAUUCAGAAAGAUAUUGAGGUUCUUUAUUUGGUUGAACCCAUUGAUGAAGUUGCCAUUCAGAACUUACAGACAUAUAAAGAAAAAAAAUUUGUUGAUAUCAGUAAGGAGGAUUUGGAAUUAGGUGAUGAGGACGAGGUCACAGAGAGGGAAAACAAACAAGAAUACAACCUACUCUGUGAUUGGAUAAAACAACAGCUUGGUGAUAAGGUUGCCAAAGUUCAGAUCUCUAAGCGCUUGAGUUCAUCUCCUUGUGUGCUUGUAUCAGGGAAGUUUGGUUGGUCUGCAAACAUGGAGAGACUAAUGAAGGCACAGGCUCUUGGGGACACUUCAAGUUUGGAGUUCAUGAGGGGGAGGAGAAUAUUGGAGAUUAAUACAGAUCACCCCAUUAUCAAAGACUUGAGUGCUGCCUGCAAGAAUGCACCUGACAGUAGUGAAGCUAAGAGAGCAGUCGAUCUCUUAUACGACACAGCUCUAAUUUCUAGUGGAUUUUCUCCUGAUAGUCCAGCUGAGUUGGGUAAUAAGAUUUAUGAAAUGAUGGCCAUGGCCGUAGGAGGAAGAUGGGGUAGAUCAGAUGAGGAGGGAGAAGCAUCUGGUGAAGCUGAGUCAAGCUCGAAUGAGGAAAGUUCAGAGCCAAAUGUUUAUGAGCCCUCUGAGGUCAUUGCAGAGACUGAUCCAUGGACAACAGAUUAGGCAUACUGUCUCAGAAUUUUAAAAUUUUGGCAUUAUAGGAAAUAAUGAAUUUAAAGGUUGGAAAGGAAUUAGAGAGACUAGUUUUUUUUUUCCCCUAUGAUUUUCAUGGUGUUGAAGGAGCAUUGAAAUGUAGAACUGUGAAGAAUGUCUCAAGGGUCAAAUCAUUUUGGACCUUUUGGAAUUUAAGAACUAGUUUUGUUGGUGGGCCAAUUUUGAUGCUUCAUGGUCUCGUGUCACUGUAUUAUUCUUUUUCAGUGUGAAGAUCUUUCACGGGGUUGGGAGCAAGUCUGGAAGCUGAAAUGAAAUUAUCGUUGAUUCUUGUUCCCUCA